UUCCCCCAGCCGGACAUCCUGGCGCAUCCCAAUGUGAAGCUCUUCAUCACACACGGCGGCCUGCUGAGCACCAUCGAGAGCAUCUACUUCGGCAAGCCGGUGCUGGGGCUGCCCGUCUUCUACGACCAGCACUUGAAUGUGCAGCGCGCCAAGCAAGCGGGCUUCGGACUAUCCCUGAAUUUGUGGACCAUGACGGCAGCUGAGCUGCAAGAUGAGAUUCUGGAGCUGCUCAGCAACGAGAGCUACACGCAAGCGGCACAGCUUAAGUCGAAGCUAUAUGCCGAUCAGAAGGACACGCCGCUGGAGCGCGCCAUCUGGUGGACAGAGUAUGUACUGCGCCACAACGGCGCACCGCACCUGCGAUCAGCGUCGCGCGACCUGAACAUGGCUCAGCUCCACGGCCUGGACACCUGGGGGCUGCUAUGUGGCUUGGCGUUCAUUAUUGUAUUGUUGUUGUUGUUAAUCUUCUCGAUAUUCUUGAGAUUUGUGCAAAAUAUUAUUGGUAGGCGUGGCAUGAAGAGUGACUUUGAUAAGAAAACCCAGUAA